UCCAAUCAUCAACACAUAACACACCCCAGCACCAAACAACAUCUUUCAUAAAAAGUACCCAAAAGGGUAUACCCACAACCACAAUGAGCACCAACAACAAGCAAUCCUCCUCCGCCUACGGCACGCCCUCCUCCGACACGGCCUUCCGCAAAACCUGGGACCGUGAAGAAUACGCCAAAAAAGCCGCCGACGACGAAGCCAAGCGCAAAGAAGAAUCCAAAGCCCGGUAUGAAGCCAAGCUACUAGGCAAGAAAUGGCACGCUCCCGUGGAUUACAGCCAACUGGAAGCCACGACAUCGCGCAAAGAGCGACUCGAUGUCGCCUCGAUGGUUGGCAAGACGACCAUUGUUGCGUCGGGAUCAGCGAUCGGAAAGCGAGGUCGGGGUGCGGGAUUUUACUGCUCGGACUGUGACUUGACGUUCAAGGAUAACUUGCAGCUUGUGGAGCAUUUGAAUAGCAAGCAGCAUUUGAUUGCGACGGGACAGAGCGGGGAGGUGACGAGGGCUACGGUGGAGGAUGUGCGGGAGCGGUUGAGGAUGUUGGCGUAUCGGAAGCGGGUGCGCGAGGAGGAAGAGAGACGGGCUUGGCAGUUGGAUCUUGGGGAGAGGCUGAAGGAGCGGGAGGAGCAGGAUGCUAAGGAGAGGGAGGAGAAGAGGAGGAAGAGGAAUGAGAAGCGUCGUAAGGGAGGCGAUGGGAUCAAGCAGGAGGAUGAUAGCUGGGAGGGCAGGUUGGGGAUUAUUGCGUAAGCUCGUGUGGUUGAGCUUGGGCAUGUGCAUGGUCUGUUUUGGACUUCGUGGUCAUAGAUGGGAUGGUUUAUCAGGGCUAAAAGCUGCAGUAUACCCAUGGCGUUUGGAGCUUGAGCAUUUAAUAUUCGCAGACUUC